CCGCACAAAUACCGUAGCGAGCUGAAAGCAAACAAAUCAGCUCGUUACAUCUGGCGCCCAAAGUGAUUGUCCCAGCGGUGAAAGCAAAAUAAACAGAAUGGGAAAGAAGUGGAUUUACCGCCUUCAGAAGGAGGACUUCCCCCAGGUCGCACAAAGACUUAAUGUCGCCCUGGACGGCAGAUUAGAGGACAUGAGGUGGACACUGUCGGAGUAUUACUCCGAGACAGAGAACGACCCACAACUUGCCGACAUCUGGGCUGAGUUGGAAGCCACAUAUUACGACAGAAUCAGCCCGAGUAUCACGCUAACUAACGCUGAAGGGGAUAACCUAGUAACAGGCUUGAGCGUCGACAACUUGCAAAGGGAGGCUCCCAGGAGAGAGUCAAGCCAGGGCAGAAAGACAACGGUGCUGACCUCUAAACACAGCCAAGCGGAUUAUGCAAGGGUCGCUAAACAAGUCCGAGAGUGGUCAUUCAGAGAGAGAGAGCUUUCAUCUUUACUUUCUGCCGAGAGAUUUCUUCACAAGGCUGUCGGAUCAGGUCAGGCAACGAAAGCAGGGUUUCAGUGAGUCAUUUAAAGACUACAUGAUCGACAUGCAGACGAUGUCGAGGCCUCUAAACUAUUCUGCGAGAGACACCUUAAAGAUCAUAAAGGAAAACUGCACCCCAAGCCUAAGGAACUUUUUAAGGGCGUACAAAGUGCCGGACCUGGACACGUUGAUGCUAUUAGCCGAUAAAUACGAAGAACUGGAAAAGGAGCGGAAAGAGUUCGCCCAAGAAAACAAGUUCUCAAAGGCAAAGUCGUCACCACCAACGCAGGUCACGUGCAGAAGAUGCGAGGAGACAGAUAGCCAGGAGACACGGAGAAAUGACAAAUUUUCACCGCCGCAACGAGUCUGCUGAUACUACCAGGGGUAGUGGAUUCAUUGGUGUUAGGAUGGAACUUUCUAACUCAAGUCGAAACCGAGAUAAGGUGCGCUGGACACGAGGUGAUAAUACCGGCCAGGAACCGACACAAUGGGUGGCUCGAGGAGAGGCUAUCGGUAGCAGUCGUACAACAGGAAACAGAGUACGACGACACAGCGAAGUUCCUGGAGGCAGAGCUAGCCAGUUUCA